AUGGCCAACAACUCGAGUGAAAUCCAAACAACCCCAUCGCACAAUGACAGUUCCCAGUUUCGGCAAAUGGUUGAGGCCCUUAAUUCUCUCGGGGAAGUAGCCAGACGGUUGGAGAGAUCAGGUUCCUUUAAUCCGCUGUCAGUUCCUUUGCCCAUCAACCCAAUGGGCUUUCAAUUUCCAACCGCAUUGAACGAAGCUAGAAAUUUCAGGCCGGAUAUAAAUCCAACUAACCCCGAACGAAGGUCCUUGGAAUUAGAAAUUGAUGCAAACCACAUCAAUGAGUCUACAGGCAGCACCCCAUCUACAAGCGAUCCAAAAAGGAUUACCCCUACCUCCUUUAAAUCUACUUCCUGGCUAUCAACGGCAUCCGAUAAAAGCCAAAUCAGUCAAGAACAGCCGACGCCGAGUGAUAGGCAUGGAAGUUCACCCCCGGCGAACGCCUCCUCAGGUCGACUGGACUUUUUUACUGGCUCACUUCGUCGAUCCACAACGGGUAUCUAUCAAUGCCACAUCUGCUCGUACCAUGAAGUUGAUAGGCACAUAACAGUUACCGUUGGCAUCCAAUAUCAUAGAAUAGCAAUCUUGCCUAUCUCAAUUUGUCCUUUUGAGGUUUAA